UUUCAGAAGCACAAAUGCUGCGAGGUAAAGUGGAUCCGAAGAAGGAAGAGCAGGAAAGACUGCAAGGCUUCCUGUUGGACAUGCUCAAGGAAGAGGAGAACAAGUAUUGUGCCGAUUGUCAGGCGAAAACGCCAAGAUGGGCUGCCUGGAACCUCGGCGUCUUCAUCUGCAUCCGAUGCGCCGGCAUCCACCGUAACCUCGGCGUUCACAUCUCAAAAGUGCGCUCAGUGAAUCUGGACUCGUGGACGCCCGAACAAGUGCAGACGAUGCGGGUGAUGGGCAACGAGAAGGCCCGACAAGUCUACGAACAUGAUCUACCAGCGCAAUUUCGGCGGCCCACCAAUGAUCAGCAAAUGGAACAAUUCAUUCGGAGCAAGUAUGAACAGAAACGGUAUAUUCUGCGAGAUUUCGUGUAUCCAAGAGUUGACGCGAGCCAGCUGCCGAAAUCAUUGUCUCAGGCACAGAAGAAGGUCGGAACGCCCGUUGUGAACAUUGCAUCACGUGGAAGUAGCUCUAGCAAUGGACAUUCGACGGCUUCAGCUGCUGCUGCUGCUCCAUCGCUUCUAGAUUUUUCUGAUCCUCCAGCCAGCACAACUCCUGCUAAGAAGGCCGUCAACUUAUUCGACGACUUUGAUGGAUUAAGUCUAGGACCAGCGGCUCCGGCAGCAGCUCCAGCUGCUCUCAACGAUGAUUUCGACGAUUUCGGAUCAUUUGUCUCGGCGAACUCACAAAAUGCUCAACAGAAUGCUCAAUCUCUUGGAGGAGGAUUCGCCGAUUUCUCAUCGGCUCCAACGACAGCAGCUGCAGCGCCUUCAGCUUCUUCUGGCCUCGAUGAUCUCACCGCUCUCUCCUCAACGGCUCCAGCGACAAAUGGAAGUGAUCAAAAGAAAACCAACGCAGAUAUUCUUUCGCUUUUCGGCCCAUCUGGUGGCAUAUCGGCUCCGAAUGUAGUUGCUCCCGGAGGAUUUGCCGGAUUUGGACUGCAAGCUGCUCCGGCUCAAAUCCCGCAACAAGCUUCUUCGUUCCACCAAUUCGGGGCUCCAGCUCCAGCUCCACAACAAAAUGAUAUGUUUGGAGGACUGUCGGGUAUCAAUUUUGGAGCACCACCACCAUCGGCUCAAAUGUCUCAAAUCCCACCAAUGGCUCCACCACAAUACUUUGGAGCUGCUCAAUUUGGAGCAAUGUCUUCCAGUGGAUUCGGUGGAAUGAGUAUGCAGUCUAAACCAACGCCUACUUCACCAACUGGAUCACAAGGAUUCAAUAUUCCGAAUAAAUCGAAUGCUUUCGCUGAUUUGGCACUUGGAAAGGUAAUGAAGACAAACUACGGACAAAGUGCAAUUCAUCACCAAGCGGCACCAAUUUCCUCUAAUAGAGCGUCACCGAUGCCGGCACAAUCCAACACUGCCGCCAACAAUGAUCUUUUCGAUAUGUUCGCCUCGGCACCGCCACCGGUUACAGUCAAUUCGUCUUCGUCUGGACUUGACGACCUCCUUGGACUCUGAAAAACUAGUUUUCCACCUAAAAAAUGCAUAAUUUGACCUGUGAUUUUAUUUUUCUUUUCUCCCUCUCUAAACACUUUCUUUCCUAGGAAACUGCGCUUCUUUUUGUGAUUUUUUUCUAGUAAAUUAUUAUUCUCAUCAACAUUUCCCCCCGAUAAAGUUCGGUUGUGUGAGCCCCAGAAAUUCCAGUCCCUUCAGCAUAUCCGAAAUGUGUAUUAGGAAUACUACAACUUUUUUUUCAGAUUUCUAUAGCCCCUCUCUUUUUCUUUCUCCUUCAACGUACUAAUUCAUGCUUAAACUGAUUUUUAAUGUGUUUUUUUUUCUGUCGAAUGAAAUUUAUCGAGAUUCCUAAUCUUGAACU